CCUAGGUCACACGAUUCUGGGGGUGUCUGGACAAACAUGGCUGCUCAUGGAAGGGAAUCUGGGAGGAGGCGCACUCUAGACACUCUGCUCCUGGCCCUGAAUCUGGUGCCUUUCCUUGCCUCCUGCACCCUCUACUUUGUCCUCUGGCUGCCCUCAGACCAGCCCAGCUGGACCAGCGCCCUGGUCAAAUGCCUCCCCAUUCUCUGCCUGGCGCUCUUGGUCCACACCACUGCCCCCAGGAGACCCUACUGCCAAUUCAUCCGGGCAGGCCUCCUCUGCUCCGCUUUGGGCGACACCUUCCUCAUCUGGCCCAACCAAUUCCUCUUCGGCAUGGCGGCCUUCGCCCUGGCUCAUCUCUUCUAUCUGAGGGCCCUGGGCUGGCUCCCCAUCCGCCUGGCCCUCCUGGGGUCUGUGGCAGCCAUCUCUGGCCUCUACUUUGGGCUCCUGCAGCCUCACCUCCCUUCUGACCUGUGGCUUCCUGUGGCUAUCUACGUGGCCAUCCUGGGUCUGAUGCUGUGGCGGGCGCUGGCCCGAGGCAGACCUGCAGCCCUUGGCGGCCUGCUCUUCAGCUUAUCGGAUGCCAUCCUGGCCUGGGAUGCCUUCAUCUGGCCGCUGCCUCCAGGCCGCCUGAUCGUCAUGGUCACCUACUACUUGGCCCAAGCCCUGCUGGCUCUGUCCACGAUGGAGGCCGGGGCCCCCAAAGCUGACUGAGCUCAACAGACCCCCAUCUCAAAGACGACAGACUCCAGGGAGGCGCUGCCCCCUGCCCUGGUCCCAGCACCUUCAUUGGGCCCUCACUGCUGACAGGCAAUCUUACUUGGAGCUGGGCACUCGAGAGCCCUCCUGUCAGCUCAUCACCUUCCGGAUCUGCCACGCCCCAGGGCUUGGCUCCCCAUUAAACACAUGCCCUUGUAGGGGGUCCUAGGCCCCCCCAGUUAUUCACAAUCCCUCCCUUUCCCAUGCUUACCCUACCUUACCUGUACCCCCCCACAAGCCCCAUCCUGAUUCUUUUUCCUCCUUACUCAUAAUCCCUUUGGUUCCAGUACUACUCCCCCCAUUCUGGCUGACAUUGCCCCCCACUGAUAUUUUUUCUCCCCAUUCCCCACAAUCCCCCAUAGUCCUGAUUCUUUCCUCUAUUACCCACCAUCCUCCUGGUUUGAGGCCUCCUCUCCCCGGUGCCCACUAAAUCCCUAGAUGUGUUGCCCGUCCCUCCAUGUCUACACCACCACCUUCCCUUGACCCUGAGUAAAGCUGAUAUUGAAAAGGCA